UUUAUUUUUAGAUAAUAAUGAUUUUUGUUGAGUUUCGUAAGAUUUACUUACCCCCUUCGGGUGCCGAAUGAGGGUUGAAAAUCCACUGAAUAGGGUGGUUUUUUAGUUUUCGGCUAAUAUCUCAACAACAAAAGCUCAAAACGAAAAAUUGUAUUGAAUAAAAAUUAUAGACCUUAAUAUUUUCUAUAUAAAUUGUAUCUUUACAAAUUCUCGUAGGUUGAUUUUUUUCCUCGCCAGGACGAAAACAAAAAAAUAUUUGAAUAGUUCGGUACAUCAAACAAUUAUAAAAGUAUUUACGUUUACAGGGACAACUGAUUAUAAUAUAUACAAAAUAAAUCAUAAAAAGAUUAUAAAAUAUACUCUAUAAUAUAAGUUAAAAAAAAUGCAUUUUAUAAAUUAGCAUACUAAGGUGUCAAUGAAAGUACUAGUAUUUCUUUACAUAAUUGACAUUUAAACAUGUUGUGAAUAUCUAGUUUAUUUAUUGCUGAAAUUUUCCAAUUUUUUGUCACUAAGCAAGAUUAUUGUGUUCAUUGUUGCACUUUAGACCUUUUACAUUAUUUGAUAAUGAUCACAAUAACUGGAAAAUUUUGAUAAGUUUGGCUACUUUAGUAAUACGAUCAAUUUAUUAUCUAAUCAUUCGCCACUUUUAUUUACAACUUGUUUUUUUUACUCGUUUGUUCCGCGGUUCAUGCGUUUUGGUAUUGUUUAGUGUUUUUUAUUUAUUCAUUUAUUCAGCUUAAUUAAUUUUUUUGAGAUAUUUGAAAAUGACGCGAGAAUUUAUUUAUUUAAUUGGCCCAACUAAUAUUCAAAUUCUUGGCAGCAAAUUACCCUCCAUAGGUGACUGUAUGCGUGUAUUAUUUUAUAACAUGCGUUUUGCCAAAAUGACGUUGUCUGAAAGUUGUCUACUAGUAAUAGAGGAAUGUUUAAUUUUUUGGAGAAAAGCACGGAUUCCAACAAAAGAUAAAUCACACUGUGUAAAAAAGUUGAAAAAGGAAUAUGACGCUUGGAGGGCACUGGAAAAAAGUAAAAACCAUGGAAGCGAACAUCAAAAAAAUAAAGAAAAAAAUUAUAUAGAAAGUCUAAAUAAUCUUUUCGAUAUUGCUCAUCAAGAUGCACUAAAUAUAAUAAGUAUUGCAGAAGAUAGAAAAUUUUUGCUCUCACAGAGACUCCCCGGACGCCCCGGUUGUAUGCUUGGUGUAGAUAUGGUUCUUGAUGCUAAAGAAAAAAGAAAAGAAAAAAAAAUUGAAAAAGAAUUGAAUAAAAAAAGAAAACAUGAAUCAGAAGCCUUAAAGUUAUUCUCAGUUGAAACACUGUCAGAUAGGUCAGUAAGUUCGGAGGAGUUAAACAAUGAAAACCUGAUUUUAGAAGAACCUCAACCAGGUCCUUCUGGUACAAAUAGAGGCACAAUUCAGUUAAUUAUACCUAGAUUAUCAGCUGCAUUAGACAAAUGCAAAAUUAGCGACCGUGAUGCCGUUCAUAUACUAUCUGCGUGCCUUGAUAGUUUAUCCAUCGAUCAAAAUAAUUACAUUUUAAAUAGAACAUCCAUUAAAAAUAUUCGGCAACAUUUUCGGAAGGAAAGCGCAGAUAAGGUAAAGUCUGAUUUUUUAAACAAAAAAGUUAAUUUUGUGGUAGUUCACUGGGAUGGUAAAUUACUACCCGAUUUGACUGGUCAAGACAAAGUAGAUCGUCUACCAGUAAUUAUAACUAGCCCUGAUUUAGAGCAGUUACUUGGUGUCCCUCAAAUACCAUCUGGAACAGGGCUAGAAAUAUCAUCUGCAGUAUAUGAUAACCUUGCAAAGUGGUCUUUAUUGGACAAAGUUCAAGCAUUUGUAUUCGAUACAACAGCAUCGAAUACUGGGCGUAUAAACGGGGCUUGUACACUUUUAGAACAAAAGUUAGAUAGGGAUAUUUUAUAUCUUGCAUGCCGCCACCAUGUUUACGAGUUGCUCUCCAAACUGCAAUUGCUGAAACGAAACUUCAUGUAUCAUCAGGCCCAGAUAUUGCCCUAUUUAAAAGAUUUAAAAGAGGCGAUUUUGAAAAAACAUCCUAGAAAUGACUAUAAAGAGUUUUUAGAGCUUGUAAUUAUAAUUCUAGGAGGAUCACCACCAGGAGGUAUUAUUAUUAGGCAACCUGGGGCUUAUCAUCAAGCAAGAUGGAUGGCUAAAGGCAUUUAUUGUUUGAAAAUUUUUUUACUUCAACAAGAAUUCAAAUUAUCCAAGUCGGNAAAAUUAUCCAAGUAG